AUGAAACAAUCUGAAAAUCCCUCUGAAGAAGUUGUUCCUUUACAUCCCGGAAAUCCCCUUCCAUCUGCAGAUGAUGAUUCCAAGAGACGUCUUUGGCGAAGUCUACGAAACAGGGCUAAUGAUUUGGAAGAUCUUUUGAUCCUAUUCGCCACGUUGUACGCCAUGAUCGUCGGUCUCACGUCCCUUGGGUACUCCGUAAAUUCUAUGAUGGACGGACCUAAUGAUUACACGGCAUAUUAUAUUGCUCUUAUUCCUUCAAUAAUCUGCGGACUCUACCACUUGAUUCCAGUAUAUAUAUAUACUCAACCUAUCGUCGUCGAAAUAGAGGUUGAUUCAAUUCCUAUGGAAGAUUUGCCAAGAACGCAUGAUCCAAAAUAA